UUGAAAAGUUGCAAUUUUUCAUACAUCUUGGGUCACCCAGAACAAUUUAUUGAUAAAGCCGUGUUUGGACUUUUUAAGUCAGAGAAAUGGCAGAGUAAAAUCUCACAUAUAGUUGUGGAUGAAGCACACUGUGUAGUUCAAUGGGGUCAUGGAUUCAGGGAAAAAUUCACUGAACUUGUAAAACUGAGGUCAAUGUUUCCAAAUGCAAGAAUGUUGGCUUUGACUGCAACUGCUACAACCAAAAUGCAAAAUGAAAUAAGAAAACAGCUUGGAAUGAAGAGCGCAUUGACUGUCCAAUCAUCAAUGGACCGACCAAACAUAAAAUUGACAUUGGUCAAAAGACCAGCUGGAUGUGGUGGAAAAAACACUGUCCAGGAAUCAUAUGAUUUUAUCUAUCAACCAUUAGUUGAUGAACUACGGGCAGACAAGUCAAGUUUUGAAAGGACAAUAGUUUAUUCGAAAAUAAAUUGGUGUGGCUAUGGUUAUGAGGAAGUGGUCAGGCCAUUGAAAAAUGGAGACAAAGAGGACAAUAUUGAGAAAUGUGUUGCCCAGUUUCACAGCCCAUGUACAUCAGAGAUGAAGAGCAAAGUUUUGAGUGACAUGGCAAGUCCUGGAAGUGACCUUAAACUGCUUUUUGCAACGGAAGCAUUUAGUAUGGGUACAGAUUCACCAAAUGUUAGAAGGGUUGUUCAUGCUGGAGUUCCAAAAACACUAGAAAUAUACAUACAAGAAAUAGGCAGAGCUGGAAGAGAUGGUAAAUCAUCAACAGCUAUUUUGUACUAUAACAAAUCUGAUAUUUCACAAGCUGUUCCUGGUAUGACAGAUGGAAUGAGAGAUUAUUGCAAUUCAAAAACUUGUCGACGUGCCUAUUUAUGUGAACAUUUUGGUUGUGAAUUCAGUGAAAUGAAUUUCAAGCAUGAAUGUUGUGAUUUAUGUGAAAUGGAAUGCACAUGUAAUCAGUGUUCUGAAAAAAAAAGUGAAAUUCCAAGUGAAAUGGAACAAACAGACAAUAUCAUUGAUGUGCCACAAUCUGCUACUGAUGUUAGUUUAAAAAGUUCAGUAUUAGCAACUGUUAUCGACUAUUUUGAAUCAGAAAACGAAUGUCUUAACAUGCCAAAUGCAGCAAUUUAUACAGGUCUCACCAAAGAGCUUGCAAAUUUGAUAUCUGAGAACUAUCAAGCCUACCUUUCUGGUACCAUUAUACUAGAACAAUAUCCUAAAAUUGGUCCAGAAAUUGCAGAAAAUUUCAAUCAUUGUUCAAAGUAUUGUGCUAAACAAUUCAUAUUAUUAAAAUCUUAA